CAGCUACAGAAAGCUAGCAGGUUAUUGAUAAUUCCAUUCUUAUCAGGACUUGACUGAACCUUGACCUAAUGCAAAACUGACAGAGAAGCAAUCUCUUCUGUUGAGUUCUUUUCUUGAAUGAGCAGCUAUAGGUGAAAUGUUAACCAAGCAGCUGGACUAAGUCAGCAGGACAAAAACGGAGACUGCUUGCAAGCGCAAAGACAUUUUCCUCUACAGUAUAAUGAAGACAUUGUUUUUAUUUCCUUAGAUAUGGCUGGGUUCCUACAAAAUGCUUGGCUGUGAAGUAUAAUCAUGGAUGCGUUAGGACUGCUCUCGCUGAGAUACGUCAGACUUUCUGUGCCUCUUACUAUCCUGCUUCUUCUUAUCUACUUUCUCAGUGUUCAACUGCCAGAUGUACCCCUGUAUGGCUGCAAUGAAAAUGGAAAGCACUGCAAUGAGAAAAACAAGCCAGUGGAAAAACAUCCAGGAAUUGAGAACAACCAGGUGAACUUGGAGAUAAAACCAGAAAAGACAGACCACUUUUUUGAGCACAUUCGACAUUGUGAAGGCAAAGACUUUCAAAUAAGCAGAUUAGUCAGUGCAUUUGAAUCAUGUGUCACAGUAAACAAUGAGAUCUUACUGAAAGAAUACCUUUCAGGAUGGUCAGAGCUUGUCAGGUUUAUGAAUUCACUCGGGACAGUCUUUAGCUUCAUAUCAUAUGAGACAACAAAGAAAAUGAAAAUAUUGCGAGAUUAUCAAAGUGGACCACAUGCCAUAGAAUACCACACUCUCCAGUCCAUGGUGAAGUAUGAGCUGAAAAAUCAUAUCGUCAAUUUCCACGAACCACCUUCUGAUGAAACCCCUUCAGGCUGCAGGACUCUACUUCGUCUUCAUCGUGCACUGAAGUGGUUGGAGCUGUUCCUCUUCAAGCUUGCAAACAGUCAUGAUAAUGAGAAGACAUCAGACCUUUGCAUCGACACCUACCAAUAUGCUCUGGCAAGGUACCACAAUUGGUUUGUAAGGCAGGCAGCAGUAGUAGCAUUUCUGGCCAUGCCAGAAAAGAGAGAGCUCUUUGAGAUUGUCUGUGUCAAGGACAAAGAUGAGGCAAAAUUGGUGCUAACAAGAACAGUCCACUCUCUUUCCAAAGUUUACAAUAUAACUCAGAAAGUCUAUGAGAAACAUCGUAUGCUUGACCUUCCAUGAAGUCACAAAAAGUCGAGAUGAAGUCUAAAGAGGAACUUUGUACCACACCAGUAAAGAAAGUCAGUGUAGCUUUUCCACAGAUAUAAGCAGAAUGGUUGGACUUUCAGCAGUCCAUCUCUAAGCCUUACCAAGAACCAUUUUUUAACCAUGUUCAAUUGAUCUGUGGUAUUUGGAGUGGUACAUGAGACUUCUCUGAUUACGACUUUCACCUUAACCAUAAGAUUACAUUGUUAGCAUCAGAGAAUCAGGUGAAAGAUUUCCUCUUGAUACUGCAAUAAAAUGCUUUAUACCCAAACUUCAGUGUCAUAUCAGCUAAAUCACUUUAAGGAGGAAAUGCAAAUCUGUUAUGUUGUUUUACAUACAGCAGAAAUUUAUAGAAGCUCCAAUUUUUUUUUACAGUAUGCUCACAGUAAACUAGUAGUGCAAUGAAAAAUAUCUUUAAAAAAGUUAAAGUCAUACGUGCCUUCAUACUUUGCAGGUAUAUCUGUCCACUUAGAAUCUGUGUUAUGCAUCACGAAUAUACACAUUUCUUUCUCUUCCAGUUCUGCAGUAAUUCUUGGUUUCUUGAGAGAAAAAAAAGUAAAAGUGUAAAAUGUUUAACUUUUGGAACUAAAAAAAUGUAUUUCGAAGUUAACACUGGAAAAUUAUAUUUAAUCCCAGGUAAUUCACAGUAAAAAUAUCCAAUGAGAUCUAAUAUCUAAAUUUGUACAGUUUCAAAUGAUGAUGAUUUAAAGGAUUGUUAAUGCUGAUUUUUUCCCAAAAUGUAUAUAUUAGUAUGAAUAUGAGGAAACAGUGGUCCAGCGUGCUAAAAAAGGAUCCCUUUCCCUUAAAAAGGCAAUUCCACCAAAGGUCUUAUUUUUUGGUAGUAAGGCUGACACUUCUGCCUGAUUGCUGUUUUCUCAGGGUUUAGUGGUUAGUAUGUGUCUAUCUGCCUUGAAGACUGUGUAUUUUGUCCUUGUCAUCAGACAGAUAUGUAUUAUUCACUAUCAUUUUAUACAUGGGAUGAGCAAUAACAUGAAAAGCAUGCUGAUUGCCUUAGGUAGCAUUUUUACAUUGUCUGAAUAAAGGCAUUUUGAGAGGGGUCAGAAACAAUUGUAGAGUAAUAGGGCAUGCACUUAUAUAGCCAAAGAAUUGCAUGGUAUGAAAACAAGCAAGUGGACAGUGACUAGAUGAGCGACAGUAACAUAAUAUAAAGUUAAUUACAUAUGGAAUAUCACUGGAGGGGGAUGUUUAUGACAUGCUGUAGCUAGAGAAGGUAUUUCAUUAUGGAUAGAGAAAUGCACUAUAUUUUGUUUUUAACAAGUGCAUUUGUAAAGGGUAUUAUGGCCAUACCGAGCACAGAGGUAGAGGGCUUAGUCUAGGAUGAUACAGCACAGUAGUGUUUUAUAGGUUCUAAUAGUCAGAUAGACAGCUUCAUGUAAUCUCACAUCAGUGUUAGUGCAGUAAAUAUGUGACAAUAAUAAGUACUGAUAGUUGUGUUAUUAAAGGGUUAAUAACAUUCUGGUUAGAUGGGCACUGACAAAGUCGUGAGUUACUAAGGUGACAUUUUAGGUUUAUGUUUGAAGCUGUGAAUGGUACUCAUUUGUUUUAUUUAUGUUUAGAUAAACAUAGAAAAAAAGGGGUUGCCAUAGUUAUUAUAAGAUUUGUGUGUUAGGGUUAAGUGCUGAUUCGUGGAUCUUACUUGUUUAGCCAGUAGGCAAGCCUGGAACCUAUGUGAUCAGUUUAACACUUGGAAAAGUGUUUUUAUUUGUGCAUAAGUAAGCAAGUUAUGAAGCUGCAGCCAGUUUAUUUUUGAGCACAACACAGUAAUGAGUUUUGGAGUUUAUGUCCGUAGCAAAUUUGUUGAUUUUGUUAAAGCUUUAUUCUAGUUUGGACAGCUACUCAGACUGUAGAUUUGUGAAGACUUUGGAAGCAUACAGCAGGCUGGUUAGUAGAAGAAAGGCUUCAGUCACUAUUCCAGUCUGGUUAAUUUGGUUAAUAGGUAGGGUUUAGACUUGUCCAGCAAGCCAAGUUUCUAACUGGUCUUCUGGACUACAUAUUGGUUAUGAUGAUCAAAUUCUAAGUUUUUAUCAGUUAUUACCCUAGUAGUUUUGUAUGUUUGAUUUGCUCAAUAUAAAUGUCAUUAGAGGAAGUUAUAUUUAAUGUUAGCAUUUAUGAUGACUGAUUUUUUUUACAGUUUAAAAAAGGUUGAGGUUUUUGGAGCUAGGUUACCGUAGAUAGGAAAAUAUCUUGUUUUGUAGUCUGCAGGUGGAGUUGACAAGAAGAUGAGCAGAUCAUGGCAGAGCCAUCUGUGUGUUGUAUAAUAACUUGUUUUAAUGCUGUUCACAUAUAAUUAAUAAAUACGUUAAAGAGGAGAUGGCCUAAUAUGAAGCCUUGGAGGACACCUAUUUGUAGAGAUUUCUUGGUAGACCUUCCAAGAGCAUUCUGUCAAUUUGCACAUGGACUUCUAUCAGUGAAAUAAUUACUGAACAAAGCUAUUUUUUUCAUUGACAUCAAGGGCGAGAUAUUGUGUCCAAGGCUUUAAAGAAGUCAAAGAACUGGGUGCCCUUUAUUUCAUUAUUGGUUUACAGUGUCCAGAAAGGGUAGUAGAGUUGCUUCAGUACUAUGGUGUGGGAUUUUGUUUUUUGCUGUUUCCAUACGCACUUGAAAAUAAGUCAUGCUAACUUAAUAAAUAGCUUCCAUUUACCUUGUCAGUAUUGUCAGUAUUAUAAAUGUAAUACUGAUGUUUUCAAUGAAAAAAAUAUUUUGCUUUGAAGUCUCUUGAGAUCAGAAAAAGACAAAAUCUUAAGAUGUAUACCCUAUAACAGUUUUUGACAAUGUAUUCACCACACAUACAGACUAAAUGCAAAUAUAAUUUGAUAACUUCUUGUUAGGAAUCUCUGACAUAAAAAAAAUGCUCACCACAUAUUAAACACCCUAGCUACUAAAUAUAGGGUUGCUCUGAUUUCCUGUAGUCAGACAUGGAACUUUGUUUCCUGCUACCAUUUACAUAAAACGUCUACAUCUAAAAGUUUUAUUCCAGUAGUUCUUUUUACAAGGUCUUUGCCAUUUUCAUCAGCAGCCUUGUAUUAUUAUGUAGCUUUACAUAGUACUGGAAUUAUCAAACUAUCACAAAUAAAAUAUUGUAUUUA